UGCAGUAAAUAUUUAUUUACUGCUCAGAUCUUAACCAGAACUUCCUGUUUUCACUUUCAUUCAGCAAUGUCCCUGGCUUCUGCUCUUUCGUCUUGCAAUUUGCUCCUCACCCGAAGAGCUCUCACAGCCCUAAGCUGCAAUGGUGCGUUCCAGGCCCUCUCCCACCCCGGGUCCUGUCUCACAAAUUACCAACAGAACAGAUUUAAACAGAAGAAAAUUAGGUUCAAAGCACUGAAACCACCCAAAGAGAAGACAAAACGUGAACUUAAAUCACCUUUUCAAGCCAAGAAGGUUGUGAAACGUAAAAUCAACCCAGAAUUCGAAGCAAGAUGCCCGACCGACAACAUAUGGCUCCACAAGUAUUACCCAAUCCAAAAGUUGACCCUUGACCUGGCCAUCAUGAGGCACAAAGCUUAUGCUCACCCGAUGAUGCUUAACAACCUCGAUGGAUUGCUUUACGCAGACAUGGAAUUAAAUAUGGAAACCAAAAAGAAGACCAAAUUCCUGAGUACUGUCAAAGGAACUGUUACCUACCCAAACCUGUUUGACGACAACACCAAGACCCGCUGCAUCCUCUUCACAAAGGACUUAUCAAACGUAACAGAGGGACUGUCUGCAGGAGCAACACAUGCAGGAGGUCAAGAACUCUUAGAUAUGGUAAAGUCUGAUGCCCUCUCUCGAAGUAUGUACGAUUAUGUAGUCUGUACCCCUGAUAUCUAUUCGGAUCUUCUCUCCUAUCGUCACAUUUUUAAAGAAAAAUUUCCUCACCAAAAGCAAGGUACUAUUGGCACAGAUGUGAAGGCAAUCAUCAACAACCUUAUGAAUGGUGUUCGGUAUGAGUGUAAAAAGACCUCCGAAGAAGCUGCUGUGAUGCAGGUAGCAAUUGGAAAGCUUAAUAUGGAAACUGAAGAUUUGGUGAAUAAUUUCCUUAAAUUGGUCGAUAAACUUUGUGUGAACCGUUCUCCCAACCUGAAACCUUUCAUCACUGAGUUGAAAAUCAUUGCUCCACCAUCCGAGGAAGUGUUUCACAUUCAGGUGCAGAAAUACGUACCUGGGUACAAUGUACCCGAUAAAAAGGUGAAGGAGACAUCAACGACGAUGAAAGCAAAGGGAAUGGAAGAUGAAGAAGAGGAAGGGAGGAAGGACAAGGAUGACGAUAGCGAUGAUGACAACGAUGACGGCAAAGAUAAGUCAUCAGUAAACUGAGUUGGACAGUCAUUGGGUAUAAAUUAACCCCUGGUACUUGGUCAUUAAGGACUGUCAUUGAUGGACAGAGCUUGGACAGAACUGAGAAAUAUUGUCAGUGGUGGUGGCCAGUUCUGUUUGAAUGGCUUAUGAAAGCUUUAAGGUGAAGUGUUGAAAAAUUUUGUUAAUAAAUAAAUUUUGUUAAUAGACGGAAACUGUAAAGAAGCCUAUGGAAUUCAAAGA